AAAAUGGUCGGAGCCAGGAGUUUUGCGGGGCACGGUUGACCCUUAGCCCACGGACACCUCGACGCCCGUGGCAUCUCUCAACUAAACGCGCAGGGCGAAAAAAAGAGGACCAGGGCUGUUGUUGUUUUUGUUUUUUGCGAGGAGUUUUGCGCGCGGGGAGGAUGCCGAAAGCGCGGGAGCUUUCCCGCCGAGAGACGGGAGUCGGCGGCUGAACGCGGGCUUCUCAAGAGGACCCCCGUUGAUUUCGGGGCGGGCGAUAAGGGCGCGGUUUGGCGUCCCUUCCCUCCGCCCUCCCGCCUUCAGAGCAGAGCAAGGCGAGGCAAGGCAAGGCGGCAACGGCUUGGGCGGCUGCCACCUAGAGACGGGAGGGCGGGACAAGCGGGGAAGCGGCGGCAUUAGCAGCAGCCGCGGCGGCUCCCGCACGUAACAGCGGCAGCGCUCCUGCUCCCUCCUUCUCCGGCACCCAGCGAGGCGGUGGGCAAAGCAGAAAAGCCGCCAGCCAGCCUUCCUUUCUGCUCCUUUCACCUCUCGUCGGCGGCCACUUCUCUCUCGGCUCGGCGGCCAAAUGAUGAACUUUCUGCGGCGCAGGCUCUCGGACAGCAGCUUUAUCGCCAACCUGCCCAAUGGGUACAUGACCGACUUGCAGCGGCCGGAGCCCCAACAGCCUCCCCCUCCGGCGGUUCCGCCUGCCUCUUCGGCAGCUCCUUCGUCCUCUUCCCCGGCCUCGGAGCGCAAGCAGUCGCAGCCGGCAGCGCCUUCGCCUCAGCCGUCUCAGCAGCCGCCACCGCCACAGCAGCAGCAGCAGCAACAGUCGGUGGGCAGCAGCUUCUUCAGCUCCCUUUCCAAUGCCGUGAAGCAAACGGCAGCCUCGGCGGGCUUGGUGGAUGCCUCCUCGUCUUCCUCAGCGGCAGCCAAAAAGUUCAAGCUGCUCCUGGUCAUAGAUGAGCCUCAGACGGACUGGACCAAAUGUUUUCGUGGGAAAAAAGUCCAUGGAGAAUAUGACAUCAAAGUUGAGCAGGCACAAUUUUCAGAGGUCAGUUUGAUAGCUCAUGCUGAUGAGAAUUAUUCUGUAAAUGUGCAAGCUUUUCGAAAUGGCACUAAAGUUGUCAAGUCAUUCAAACCCGACUUUGUUCUUGUCCGGCAACACUCAUUCAGCAUGGCCGAAAAUGAAGAUUUUCGUAACUUAAUUAUUGGAAUGCAUUAUGCAAGCAUCCCAAGUGUUAACUCUCUAGAGUCAAUCUACAACUUCUGUGACAAGCCCUGGGUAUUUGCCCAAUUGGUGUCCAUCUAUAGAUCCUUGGGAGCAGAGAAAUUUCCUCUGAUUGAGCAAACCUUUUAUCCAAAUCACAAGGAAAUGCUGACAUUGCCAACAUUUCCUGUUGUUGUGAAAAUUGGACAUGCUCAUUCAGGCAUGGGAAAGGUCAAAGUAGACAACCAUUAUGAUUUUCAGGAUAUAGCCAGUGUGGUAGCUCUUACCCAAACCUAUGCUACCACUGAACCCUACAUAGACUCCAAAUAUGACAUCAGGAUCCAAAAGAUUGGAAACAACUAUAAAGCUUACAUGAGAACUUCUAUAUCUGGAAACUGGAAAACAAACACUGGAUCUGCAAUGUUAGAACAAAUUGCUAUGACAGACAGAUACAAGCUCUGGAUUGAUAGCUGCUCUGAGAUGUUUGGUGGCUUGGAUAUAUGUGCUGUCAAAGCAGUCCAUGGAAAGGAUGGAAAGGAUUAUAUUUUUGAGGUUAUGGGUUCUGCAACGCCUUUGAUUGGUGAGCACCAGGCUGAAGACAAACAGCUUAUAACUGAGCUUGUUGUAAGCAGAAUGAACCAACUUUUAUCUAAAACACCUAUACCAUCUCCUCAGAAACCAACUGCUCUUCAGCAACCUCAGAGUGGAUCGGCUAAGGAGUCCGAAUCAAAUAAAGUCCCAUCCCAGCGACCACCUCCUCAAGGGGGCCCAGUGCAACCCCAAGGAAUGCAAUCACAAAGACAGGAGCCACCCCAAGGGUUCCGUCCGGGGCAUUCAGGAAAGCCCUCCAGUUCUCUGCCUCCACGUCCACCUGGCCCUGCGAUUCAGCCAUCCCGUGCCCAGGCCUCAGGUCCUUCAAGUGCUGGGCCUCCAGCAGACAUGAAGACUGAGCCCCCGCCAGACUCGUCCCAGAAGCCUCAGUCACAUCCUCAGCUAAACAAAUCACAAUCUCUGACAAAUGCCUUCAACUUCACGGAGUCAUCCUUCUUCCGAUCAUCUGUGAAUGAGGAUGAAGCAAAAGCUGAAACCAUCCGAAACUUAAGAAAAUCUUUUGCCAGCCUGUUUUCAGAUUAACCAUGGCUAGUUUGCUUUUGCAUAUCCAUCAAAUGUUUGAAAGUCUCCUGUGAAUAUCAUUUUACAAACACUAUUUCUUUAUGAAUGAUCCUUCUUUGCUGUUUCAACUGUUGUAUUAAGCAAUAUGUUAUGCUCUUUUUAAAAAAGGGGACUAUAAUGCAUUAACACUUCAGGUAUCUUUUUAAAAAGCCACUUUAAAAAAAGCCAAGAGGAAAAGCUAUACAGCCGAAUGCUUACAGUCGUCCUUAACUGUGAUUCUGUGGCCUUACCGUUAAAUGCACUCAAUCAUCCCAUUGGACCCUUUGUUGUGAAGUCUUGAGAGCAGCACACCAUUAAAUUGCAAGUCUUCCCUUUCCUACAGUUUUCUCCAAUACUCAGCUGCAUGUUUGUUUCUUCAAGAUAUUUUCUUCUACUUUUUUGAGACUUAGUUUCUUGCCCUCAGAUCUUUAGGGCAUAGUUUCAUUAUUGUAUUUCAGUUAAUCAUCUUUCACCGUGUUAGGAAGCUUUCCAUCCGCUAAAUGUAGUUUUCCGAUAGGCUUUAAGAGCAAAUUCUAGAAUGAACCAAUGUUAGAGCCUUAUGUGUGUCUAUAUAUGAUUCUAUUCUAUUCCUCCUCAUAUAUUUGUUGUGAAAUUAUUUGCAGCCUGUUAAUAGUGCCUUUUGCUUUGUAAAAUGUCAUGCAUGGCCUCAUGUCACCAUAGUUCCAUAUUACAUCCCAAUAAAUGGAAAGCUCUGUACCUAA